AGAUGGCGGGAAUGGCGGUGGCGGAGGAGACUGGGCUAACCUACCGCCUCAACGAUACCGUCAACUUCGACAUCGACAGCACGGGCGUCAUCUAUACUCUUCGCCCCCUGGAUCACGAGGGUUCUAACGGCCACUACAGCUUGCAGGUCACAGCCACGGAGCAGGGAGGACGGCCAAGACACUCCGCUUUGGUGAGCCUCCAGGUGACAGACGCUCCUGAGCCGCCGCGCUUCGACUCCAAGCAUUAUCAGUUCACCGUGUCCGAGUUCGCGAGAGAAGGUGGCUACGUGGGCACCGUAAGGGCGAGAGACGAUGACGGUGACCUUGAGCGUUACUUCCUUCACGGGGCUGAGAAGAAGACGUUCUCGAUUGAUGCCGACUCAGGAGUAAUCACGCUGAAGAAGCCGCCUACUGGAGCACGCUGGGAGUUCCACCUUCAGGUUGAGGCGACAGACCUCGAGGGACACGUUGCUAUCGUGCCAGUCAGUGUAUUUGUCUUGACAAGCAACCCAUCAUCAGCGCGACUCGUCGCCGUGGCACAAGAUGACCAACUUGGCAGAGGGGAAUCUCACUCGAAGCGCGUCAGCUGUGUCGAUGAUGUGGUCAACCAGCAGCUGUGCAGUGGGCUCGCGGCGAGGGUGGUAUGCUACACAGUAGCUGAUGGAGGCAGCGUGGCGAGGAUGGCGGGCAGGUGUGACCCUCACCCACAGGGCCUCCACUCCCUCGGGGGUGUCGACCUGAAGGUGUGA